GUAACAAUAUUCCUUUACUCUUUCACUAUUUUUAACUUCAAAUUCUUUCAUUGGAGGAAAAUAAAUCAUACCUACUAAAGUAUAAUGUUGUUGAAAAUGGUGUUUCACAAAUGUAAAAUUUUGUUCCAUUAAAUUUUUUGUUUCUGUAAAAUGAGGGAGGAGAGAAAGAGUAUGCUAAUGGUAGAGAUAGUGGAUUCGGUGAUGGAUAAUGACAUUGUUGAGAAGAAGGAAGAGAUUGUUGAUAGCGGAUAUAUAAAUAUUAAUGAUGGGAGAAGAGAGUGAAUCGCUGAUAAUAUUUACGAUUUGGGUGAAGUCAUUCUACUAACGUUAAAAUAAUGUUUCACAUUUUCAAAAAAUUUACAACUAUAUUUUGAGAUUCAAUGAAAAGCAGGAGAUAAAGAAAAAACUAUUAAUGAUGAAUAUAAAGGUGAGUGAAAACGAAGUCACAUGAGAGAAUCUUUUGAUGGUGAAGCAAUCUAAAAAAAUGUCCAAAAGAACUUUUGUAGUUAUAUCUCAAAAAAUAAAAAAAUUCAAUAGUUUCUAACAGGGAGAGUAAAUUUCAAGUGCAAUCUUAUUAAUCUUUUUAAGGAAUUGGUUACCUUACAUGACUUUCGUAAUUUAAGUAAGUGAAUAAUUUAGAUUAUUUCAUCGUACCGAAUAAAACGUAACUUGAUUUGAGCAAUUACUAUUAUUGUUUAUACCAUUUACAUAAAUCAUCGGCCAACGGUCGGGCCCCAAUCUAAUUGUAUACAAAAUAUUUACCCUUAAUCCACCCAUAAAUUACAUUUAAUUCCAUCACUUUAGUUGUGCUCGCACUUGUCGUAAGAUAAUGAUUAUGCAUGUUAUUAAUUACCCUCUAACAACCCACUUUGAUUAAUUAUCACCACUAAUAUAUAUAUCUAGUGAUGGCAAUUUCAACCCGCCCCGCGGAGAUUACCCGACCUGACCCGCGAUGGGGCGGGUAUUACCCGACCCGCAGUAGCGUGGGGCGGGGCAUGGGUAUCUACUUCUGACCCACCCUGCCCCGCCCCGCCCCGUUCUAGACUCAUUUUAUCUCAAUUUCUUACAAUAUCUAUACAUAUUUCUCCUAUUUUAACUUUUCUUCAACUAGUUAGAGUCGAUCUUUCAACUUGUUAGGCUCAAUUAUCCAUUCUAUUAUCAAUAUUUUUCAAUCUUAAAGUGUUUUUUCCUACGUUUUAUUGUAAAAAGUAAAAUUUACUUGUAUUUUUUUUUGAACAACAUGUAAGAGUGGGUCGACCCACCCUGCCCCGUACCCGCACAAGUUUACCCGCCCCGACCCGUAGUAGCGUGGAACGGGGAAUGGGAAUUGAGGUACCCGCCCCGCCCCGCCCCAUUGCCAUCACUAUAUAUAUCCCACAUGCCACAAUACACGAACAUAGAUUAUAUAUAACCCUGCACUGUGCACAAAGUCUUCCCAGAGAGCUCUGUCACGACCUUAUUCUCGAUCGUACGACCAUAACUCUCAAUUUCGUUAGAGCGCUAGGAAGCCUUCUCUCAAACUCACAAGCAAGCAAAGAAGCAAGAACAAGAUAAAGAAGAUGGGAGAACUCUCUAGUGUGUAUUACUCUAAAAAAUGAUGGAAUGAGUACAAAUGAGGGAGAUGACUCCUUAUAUAGGCCUCUCCACAUACAAGGCAUCAAUGCCCCUCAUCACUACCCCACAUCAAUACAUCCAUAACGUCCCCCCAUAAUGCACUCUAUAAAUGUCACCCAUUAUGUGACUCAUAAUGCACUCUUAUUUGGAUAUUGAUGGUCGGUGGGAUAUCACUCACCUCUCCCGGUGGCUCUCGACGGACAUUCUCCAGAAGAUCACUGCUGUUAUGGUGGACCCUCUGUCUCCAAAUGCGGACCAAAUUUUCUGGAAGGUGUCAGCUGAUGGCCGGUUCACGACGAAGAGUGCCUACCAGCUGAAUCAGGCCGGACGCAUGGGUCAGAAUGACCAGAUUUGGAAGGACAUUUGGAAGCUGCCAAUUCCUGAACGGGUCAGAUGUUUUGUCUGGUUGGUUUUUCUCAGUCGGAUUGCUACCAAUGCCUUACGUUUUUGCAGGAGAUGCAGUGACACACCGGCAUGCGACAGGUGUGUAGACACCCCCGAGACGGUGCUCCACGUGCUACGCGAUUGCCCGCCGGCGCGAUUUUGUUGGGCUCGGUGGGUUCCGAUCGACAGACAAACGGAGUUCUUUCACAGAGACCAAGAGGAUUGGCUCCGCAGCAAUCUCAGCAACGAGGAUAUGAUGGAGUCUGGUUUGGUGUGGAACGAGUUCUUCAGCAUUGCUAUUUGGCUGAUUUGGAAGAACAGGUGCACGGUGUGUUUCAAAGGGGCAAGCAGAGCGUUCACAGCUCCGACUUUGGCUCAUUCGAUACAACACAAAUCCCUUCUCUGGCACAAGGCGUGGGCAGCUCCCUCUUUUAAGCCAGGUCGGUCAAUCUUGCAGGGGGACAGGAUCACCGAGCAGAUCAGGUGGCAACCUCCUAGCACAGGUUGGCGUAAGCUUAAUAUUGAUGGAGCUUCAGCUGGAAACCCAGGGACGGCCGGUGCUGGUAGGGUGAUAAGGGACGAGCAAGGGAGAUGGAUUGCUGGUUUUGUGGCAAAGAUUGGUGAAGCGACUGCAGCGCUAGCGGAGCUAUGGGCUUUCUACCAUGGGCUGAACCUGGCCUGGAAAAUUGGGUGUGACAGCUUGGUGAUCGAGUCGGACUCGCAAUUAGCUAUCCAGUUGAUAAACAACCGGAGAGACCCGGUGCAUCCUUACGCCUCCCUUCUUGAUGCUAUCAGGAGGAUGUUGGCUCAGAGUUGGCUGGUCAGGAUAGUUCAUACGUAUCGAGAAGGGAAUAGAGUGAGCUCUCGAAGCACAGUCUCGUCUAUCCCUACGGUACGCAUGAACUCUCUAAUCCGCCGAGUGAGCUCAUUCAGAUCCUUAGAGAUGAUGAUAUGGGUGUUUCUUUUGAGCGCCAAGUGAGGGCGCUUGUUGCUUUGUAACUCCCUCUUCUGCUUUCUUGGCCUCGGCCUCCUUUAUUGCAAAAAAAAAACCUCUCUUAAGGUGGAAAAUCCUAGGAGCAUAUCUAUGCUACUAGUCUUCCAUACACGCCACAUGUGCAGCCGCCAUGUUUUCACCUUGUUGGCAUCAUGUCAUCUGUCACAUGUGACAGCUCCCAUUGAAAACCAUGCAUAAACAUACCUCAUUCUCACACGUCUACACAACUAAUUAAUUGGCUUUAAAUCCAUAAUAGCUAUUUUAAUUGGGGGAUUGCUAAAUGUCGCCCUAAAUUUAUAUAAUCGCCCUAACUAAAAAUGUUAAAAGUACUUCUUUACCCCUUUAAUAUUUUUAUUGUUAGAGAAUAUUCUAUUGAAACAAAACACAAUCAACAACGAGUCACCUCCCGCGUGAAAUUUUCCGGUCACCUAGAACAAAGUCGACUGGGGAGGAGGGACGAUACCGAUAAGUUGAAACGAGCUUCACUCAACCUUUUCUAUAGAAGGUAACCAUCAUCAUACCUAUUCGUAAUCUACUUUUUCGUUUAUUUAACAAAUUCUAUUGAAAAGGAGAAGGGAGCAGUUCUUAAGUUUCACACAAGCAAAAAUGCUACGGAGCAAGUAGACAAAUUGAGAUGGGCAUCAACCCAUUGGCCACCAGACGUUCAUUUGUUAAUCAAAUCUGAACCUCGGUGCUACAUUUGGAGAAGAUAAAAAAUGGUUGCUGAAACGAGCUUCCACGGCGGUGGUAUUAGCGGCUGGAGGGGUGUAUAUAUGGUUCUUACGAUUACAGCGAUUAGAAAAUAUCAAAAUGAGUAAAUAAUUUAAGAAUUUUUUGUAGCAGAUAAAAAAGGGUUGCUGAAACGAACUUCCACGGCGGUACGACAGAGGAGAAGCGGCUGUUGGAGGAGUAGGACGGUAGCAAGACAGAGGAGGGUUGUUUGGAGCAAUCAUUUUUAACGGCGGAGCGACGUAUGGACUGUGGAUUUUUAGCGUCGGAGUUGGUUUGGAUUGCAGUCGGUCGGCGUACACGUGAAGUGGGGCGAGACCGCUCUCGUUGGAAGAAGAAGAAUAGAAGAUGAUGGAGGAUUAGAGAUUUUAGGGUUGUUUGUUUUGUGAUUUUUUUAUUGCUCAUUAAGGGUAAUUUAGUAAUUUACUAAUUUUAAGUUAGGGCGAUAAUAAUAAACUAGGGUGACGUUUAGCCAUUCAGAUUAUGCAACUACUUCCUUAACCAAAUGAAGUUCGUUCUUUCUCAGAAAUAAAAAAAAAUGAAGUUGGCUCUUUUCCCACUCCCCUAGCUACACUUAACCAAAUUCAAAUACAGGUUGACAUAGUCUAGGGAGAUUGUAACAUAACAAUAUAAUUUCUAUUUUGAUUCUAAUUUAUUACGAUGAUUCUCCUAUUAUUUGUAAUCUUAGGUAAAUAACUAGUCUCGAAAUGCGUUCGUCACCAUCACUGAGCACUAGUUAAUCAAAUGUGGCACAUAUUUAAAUCCUUACUCAUGACAUAGACGUAAAUAAACAGUUUAAGAAAGA